AUGGUCGCAGGCGUGGACAGCGCUGUCUUGGAGGAAACUACGCUGACCUUGGGGCGCAGGAUUUGGGGGCCCCCCACAUACUCCCGAAUCUGCAGGAAAAGCAGCACCGCUUCCCCUCGCAGCCUGUUUCCUCACAGAGCGGAUGGUGAUUAUGAAGGACGGAGCUCUGAGAAUGAAGCCUUGGCAUCACUGUCAGUCGUGCCAUACAGACAUCACGGCGGCUGUGCCACUGCAGGAAGACUGUGUGCCAGAGCGUGA